AUGGCUAUGUGUAAGUUGUUGUUGUUAUUAUUGUUGUUGGUCCAAUUCCAUGAGCACCAAGCUUGCUAUGAAGACGAGAGGAGGAGUCUAUUGAAAAUCAAGGCAUGCUUCCAAUCAAAUAUUGGGUGUGCAGGCUAUUUUGUUCUACCAUCAUGGGGUGAAGAUGAUCCAGAAUGUUGCCGCUGGGAGAGUGUCAAGUGCGCCAACACCACGGGUCAUGUCAUUGAACUUUCUCUCGGCAAUGUAGGCGAAAGUAUAUAUGGAGACAACUUACCAUCUAUGCUUAGCCUAUCUAUAUUCCAACCAUUUAUGGAGUUAAGGAUUCUCAAUUUAAGUGGGUUUGGGAUUAAUCUGAUUCAGAAGGAAGGUAUGCUGCUAAAUGCUUUAUAA